UUUUCCUAUUAUCAAUAACCGCGAUUAAUUAAGAUUAAACUUUUGGACUUUGUUUAUAAAGACUAGACUGAUAAUUUGUAAGAAAAUAUUAACACCUUUUUCUAUACAUACGAACACACCCAAUAAGGAAACCCCCCCAAAAAAUGUAUCAAAACUAUAAACAACUCCUCGUAGAAAAGCAGGAUAAGCUGGUGGUAGUUAAAUUUAACAAUCCCAAAAAGAAGAAUUGUGUUAAUCGUGUAGCGUAUGGAGAAAUUGCCAGAGUAUUACAGGAAGCUGGUCAAGAUGAUAGCACAACCUUGGUGGUAUUUACUGGUGUUGGCGAUUUCUAUACAGCCGGUAAUGAUUUAUCACAAUCAAGCGAUAUAGAAGAUAUGGAUGUCUAUAUACGCGAAUCUAAUGAAAUUUUCAAAAAUAUGGUGCGAUCUUUUAUUGAAUGUCCCAAGAUAAUAGUUUCAUUGGUAAAUGGUCCCUGCAUAGGUAUUGGUACCACAUUGGCUGGUAUUUCAGAUUUGGUGUGGUGUUCAGAGACAGCUUAUUUUUCUGCUCCUUUUGUUAAAUUGGGUAUUGUACCAGAGGCUGGUUCCUCCUAUUUAUUCCCAUUGCUAAUGGGCCGUUCUAAGGCUUCUGAAGUUUUAUUAUUUGGCGAAAGAUUGUCGGCUCAGGAAGCCUAUAAUUUUAAUUUUGCUUCCCGCAUUUAUAAACAUUCCGAAGUAGAUUCUGUUAUAUGGCCAAAAUUACGUGAGUUUGCUGAAUUACCUCCUCAGUCUUUGCAAAUAUCUAAGCGAUUGAUACGCAGCGAAGAGAAGAAAGCUUUACUGCAUGCUAUCGAUGUGGAAUGUGAGGAGUUGGUGCAGCGUUUUGGCAGUGAAGAGUUUAUGAAUGCCUUGAUACAAUUCACAAUGAGAAAGUCGAAAUUGUAAAAAUUUUAUAUAAAAUAAAAGAUAAGUUAAAACAGAAGUUCCAAAAGUAGGAUAAAGUUUAAUCCCAGAAUAAAGUCAUGGGGUGUUACCCAAAACAAUUAAA